CCUCAUUACUCUACAGCUUUGCGAAAAUCCUCUUCGAGUUUACACAAAUUACCGAUAAUUCAGAGCCAGCUCAACAACAUGACGCAAUUACUGAAUGGACAAGAAAAGAAUGGCGUACCAGCUACCUGGCGCCAUGAGCAAGGAUUUGAGCCCAACUUCGAGCAACGCACUCCAGUCGAGCUUAACGUAGUCGGCUCGAUUCCCAAGUACGCCGCUGGUGUCCUAUACCGGACAGGUCCUGGCGGACACGAAGAGAACGGCCCGAAUGGAAAACCGGUCAUCAUGUCUCACUGGUUUGACGGCUUCACUCAAGUUCACCGAUUCAAGAUCGAUGCUACUGAUGAUAUUGCCGCGCCUGUUCGCGUGACUUACAAUUCUCGUUUGGAAGUUGAUGAAAUACUGCAAAGAAUCAGAGAGACAGGAGAUUUGAAGGAUUUCACGUUCGGGCAAAAGCGCGACCCGUGUGAAAGCUUCUUCCAAAAGGUCACAUCAACUUUCACGUCAGUUGUCUCGGCGGCUACGAAAUCUCCCAGCCCGCGAGGACCAACUUCUGUAAAUGUUGGUGUGACACUGUCAGUCAACCUACCCGGGUUCCAAUCCUCUGAAAAAGACUCGAAGCCUUCGACUGGGAGCCACAGCAGUGGAAUUAAGACGCUCCACAACAAAACUGAUGCGAACAUCUUCCAGCAAAUUGAUCCGGAAACACUCGAACCUAUUGGUUUGGCUACACAGACAAUGUUACAUCCCUUGCUGAAAGGACAAAUGUCCGCCGCGCACGCCAAAGCCGAUCCAGAAACCGGGGACAUCUUCAACUACAACCUCGAGAUUGGCAUGAAAUCGACUUACCGAGUCUUCCACACCUCAGCGUCGACUGGCCAGACCGAAAUUCUCGCUACCAUUCACGACAAACCCGCAUACUUACACUCGCUCUUCCUCUCUGGAUCCUACGUGAUCCUCUGCAUCUGGGGCGCCCACUACUCAAAAGCCGGCCUCUCGAUACUCGCAAUCAAGAACAUCCUCGAAUCAAUUGCACCGUUCGAUCCAACCAAAAAGGCAAGAUGGUACGUGAUCGACCGCCGCAACGGAAAGGGGCUAGUAGCAACAUACGAGAGCGACCCGUUUUUCUCCUUUCACACCAUCAAUGCGUGGGAGCGACCGUCACCCUCUGAUCCCGCAAAGACCGAAAUCGUAUGCGAUCUCACGAAACACGACAACCUCGACAUCCUCCACGCGUUCUACUACAAGAGUCUGAUGUCAGUUCCAACACCAGACGUGGUGCGUCCGUCAGUUGCACGCUUUGUGCUCCCAGACGUCCCAUCUACGCCCUCAAACGAGCCGCGAGUGGCAAAACUUGUUCUUGAUUCUCCGAAAGAUCUUGGGGCGGAACUGCCUAUUAUCAAUCCGUCUUAUUUUGGGAAGGAGGCGCGCUAUGUGUACGGUAUUGCGAAUCGUGGGCGCAGCACCUUGACGGAUGGGCUGGUUAAGUUUGAUUUCCAGACGCAAAAGGCGGUGUACUGGGAGAAGUGGUCGCAUACGCCAGGCGAGCCGAUAUUCGUUGCGGAUCCGGAGGGGACCAGAGAAGAUGAUGGAGUUUUGCUUAGUGUGGUGCUGGAUGGGGAUGUGGGGAAGAGCUACCUGCUUUGCUUGGAUGCGAGGACGAUGAAGGAAGUGGGAAGAGCGGAAGUCGAGGGUGUGGUUGGGUUUGGGUUUCAUGGAAGGCAUGUUAGGUUGUGAAGGGUUAGCUAUCUGUUCUGCGCGGGUUCUUUUCAGGAGUAGUUUGUAAUGCCGGCUGUGUAUCACCUUCUAUCGAUUCGUUCGACCACCUGUCACACUGUCGCUUGGGUAAACACUCACCAGAUUUCGAGUUUCUACUCUAGUCGUAAUAUCAAGCUCCACCAAGAAAACUUUC